GCACGCAAAAAGACAGCAAGUAUUCGAGUAUGAGCUCUAAUGUGUCUGUGUGUGCGUAAAAGCUGCGCUGGAGUCCGGGAGACGUUUCACUGAUGCAAGGAUUUCCCUCUUUUUAAUUCUUGAAGAGGACGCACACAGGCUGUGUUUUUACCAGUUCAGGGGAUUAACUGCAACACGCACGGGGACCUAUUAAGUAAAGGGCAGACUGACACCACCGUAUGAGGAUGUGUGGAGGAUUAUGGGAUCGCAACGCUCUGAUGCGGGGAAGCUGGUGAUGUGGCUGCUUAAUCAUCGUUGAAUCAUGGGAAACGUGGAGAGUCAAAAUGGAGAGAGUAGUAUCCAUGGUGAUGUGCCGAGACAUCUCUCCCGUAAGCACACGACCCGCUCACUCCGUGUCUCCAACAAGCAGCAAAUCAACCGCCGUUCGAGGCACUCUUCCUCAGUGAAGCAGAAUCACAGAAACUCUGAAGCCUCAACCCGUUCCUCCAGCACCCCGAGCAUCCCUCAGUCCUUGGUAGAGAACGGACUAGAGUUUUUCAAUGCAGCAGAUGAGUUUGACAAAUUUGGCAUCAACCCUCACUGGACCCAGCGUGUCGCUAUGACAAUGAGGCCGGAGUCCUAUCAGCACGAUGAUGACCCCUUGGCCACGCCGACUCCCGAAACCUCAGAGGCAGACACCAUUGCCCAGGAUGGAGAAGAGGACUCAACGGGAGAAGGGGACACUAUUGGAGAGGAAAGGUUCCUGCAGCAAAUGACUGAAGGACCCCGAGAGGGAGCAAGUAAUAAAAAGAAGCGAUCAAAGUCAGCAGACAUGUGGAGAGAAGACAGCUUGGAGUUUUCUAUGUCUGACCUCAGCCAGGAGCAUCUGACCAGCACAGAGGAGAUGGUCGAUGGAGGAGAAGAGGAGGAGGGGCAGUUUAGAUGCCCUAGAGGCAGCAAAGGCAGCACAGGCUCAACUGAGAGGGCAUCGUCUCUGGACCAUCUGUGCAGCCAGCAGAGUCCGGGCUUCAGGGGGCAAAGAAGCCGUUACAUAAAAAACUGCAGAGAAGCCGAGUGCGACGGAGACGGGGAAGUGGAGGAGGGUUUGAUGUCUCCAGCAGAGGAUGAUGGUGGGGGGUAUGGAGCUUUCACGCUCCCCUGCCGACGCUCACACUGCCUUUCUGAAGGCUUGACUGGGCUCGGUAUUCCGGCUACACCUUGCCCUACCUUCCAGGGACGACGCGCACAGACUACUCAGGACAUCUCUGGUGUUUUAGGCGAGGGGAGCGAGUAUGGCGACAGUGGGAUUGAUGGCGUUGCCCCUGAGAUAGAUGGAGAAGGAGAACUGCUCUCCCGGCGGUGUAAGGCCAUGUCUGCCUCUUUUUCAGUGUACUCAGCUACAGAGAGCAGUUUUUUUAAUGGCAGCGACAGUGGGAGCAGCAGCGCUGGAGGAGUUGACGGAAGAGGAGGCGAAGGAGGCAAGGGGGGAGUUUAUGAAAAUUUCCGGAAGGAGCUAGACAAUCAAGCCUGGACAAAUCGGGGCCGAGACUGCACAGAGGAGGCAGGCUCUGCUGUAAGUGAUGAGCAGAGUAGCGGCACACUCAGUAGUAUGUAUCCGCCUGACACUCUGAUUAGCUGUGCACACGGCACAGUCAGGAAAGCAGGGACUCUGGCUGUGAAGAACUUCCUGGUUCAUAAGAAAAACAAGAAGGUGGAACCUGCAGCGAGACGCAAGUGGAAACAAUACUGGGUUUCUCUGAAAGGCUGCACCCUCUUCCUGUAUGAAUACGAUGGCCGUUCAGGUAUCGACCACAACAGCGUUCACAAACACGCGCUGUGGGUGGAGAACAGCAUUGUCCAAGCUGUACCUGAGCAUCCCAAGAAAGACUUUGUCUUCUGUCUCAGCAACUCAGUGGGAGAUGCUUUCCUCUUCCAGACAUCAGGCCAAACAGAACUGGAAAACUGGAUCACGGCGAUCCACUCGGCGUGUGCUACUGCUCUUGCUCGGCAGCACCACAGGGAGGACACCGUGCGAUUGCUGCGAACUGAAAUCCGCAAGCUGGAGCAGAAGAUUGAUAUGGAUGAGAAAAUGAAGAAAAUGGGAGACAUGCAGUUGUCCACUGUCACUGAUGGCAAGAAGAGAAAGACCAUACUUGAGCAGAUCUUCUUGUGGGAGCAGAACUUGGAGAGAUUUCACAUAGAUCUCUUCCGCUGCCGCUGCUACCUGGCGAGUCUGCAGGGCGGUGAACCUCCCAAUCCCAAACGCCUCCUGGGCUUCGCGUCACGUCCCACAAAAGUUGCCAUGGGACGACUGGGGAUCUUCUCUGUUUCCUCCUUCCAUGCACUGGUGUCUGCCCGUACAGAGAGCAGCAUGAGAAGGCGGAACCAACCUUUCCCUCGCACCUUCAGUAAACGUCGAAGCCGUUUCUCCUCACUCUGGGGUCUGGACACCGCAUCUAGGAGAAAGAGCAAAGGACACCCUUCAAUUGACCAGGUGUUUGCUGAUGGGGCGGAGCCAGUGAGAAAGUCUUUGCAGAAGGUGUUCGAAGACUCCUCCAGUGAAAAAUCUAAGGAGAGAGAAGCUUCUGUGAAAAGUCUUCCUCAGCAAAAUGUAGACAGUGAUAUUUGGGUUCCUGAGUACCUGAAACCCUCCUGGGUGUGUUUGCCGAACAACCAGCCCAUCCUGGCCGUCAUACAGCCCGGAGAGACAACACUGGAAGUCUUGAACACUGUCUGCAAGACCCAUAAGAUCGAUCCCUCUGGCCACUACCUGCGUUUGAAGGUGCUGGUUGACAACCAAAUACUUUAUUAUGUUCCCACAUUUGAAGAGGACAUCUCCGAUCUGCUCUACAAAGAGAUUGAGAUUUAUCCCAAAAGUACCAAAGUCGUCCAGUUUGACAAAGCCGAGUUCUGCAACAACGGAUAUGGUUUUUCUGUGGCAGUUUUAGAGGAGGAUGGGGUGCAGCAGCUCCAAGUUACUGAAGUGAAAGCAGGAGGAAUGGCUUCAGCGAAAGGUUUGAAAGCAGGGGAUGAGAUUCUGUUACUUAAUGGUAAAGAGGCAUCUGCCCUCCAGAAGGAUGACAUGAUGUCUGCAUUUACAAACCAAACCCUGACCUUGAGCAUCAGCACCCUGCCCCAGUUGGAUCCUCGGAUGGUGUGCUACUGUCCACCCCGGCGCUCUGAUGUGGAACAAAACCUAGCCACAGACAUUUUUUCCCAGAGCCAAGAAGACAUCCUGGAUGAUGUGUCAGGUUUGCCACUGGAGAGCCCAGAUGAUACUUAUGAGGAGGAACCUUGUCUGUCCUUGCAGAGCCACAGGGAUCAUCAGGAAGAUAAAACUUGCAUUGGGACUGGAUACAAAAGCACAGAGCAGGUCACUGUUUUCUGCCGCGGCCUUCAUGACAUCAAUCCCCCCGAGUGCCCGAUGUCGUCGUCCUCCUCAUCGUCUUCGUCAUCCCUUUCUCCGAGCCCUGUGUCGGUCUUACCACCCACAGCAGCCGCGGCCACACAGAAACAGCUCUCCCACGCUGACAAACUGCGCAAGGUCAUCAAUGAAUUGGUGGAGACGGAGAAGACUUAUGUCAAAGAUCUGAACUGCCUAAUAGAGCGCUACUUGAAACCUUUGCAGGAAAAGAGCUUCCUGACUCAGGAUGAGCUGGACGUUUUGUUUGGUAACCUCGGAGAGAUGGUGGAAUUCCAGGUGGAGUUCCUACGCACGCUGGAAGAUGGAAUCAGGCUGAUGCCAGACCAGGAGAGGCUGGAAAGGGUGGAGCAAUUUAAGAAGGUGCUGUUCUCGUUGGGUGGGUCAUUCCUGUAUUAUGCUGAUCGCUUUAAGAUUUACAGCGCCUUCUGCGCCAGUCACACCAAAGUCCCAAAGGUCCUCGCUAAAGCAAAGACCGAUCCAGAAUUCAAGGCCUUCCUGGCUGAGAAAAAUCCCAGACAGCAACAUUCAUCCACUCUCGAGUCUUACCUGAUCAAACCAAUCCAAAGAGUGCUGAAGUAUCCACUUCUGCUAAGGGAGCUCUAUUCUCUCACUGACCCGGACAGUGAGGAACACUACCACCUGGAUGUUGCAAUUAAGGCCAUGAACAAAGUUGCAAGUCACAUCAAUGAGAUGCAAAAGCUUCAUGAGGAGUACGGCGCUGUUUUUGACCAGCUGAUCAACGAGCAGACUGCUGAUAAAAAAGAGGUGGCUGACCUCUCGAUGGGGGAUCUUUUACUACAUUCUACAGUGGCAUGGAUAAACCCUCAAACCUCUUUGGCCAAGAGCAAAAAGGACCCAGAUUUAGCUGCUUUUGUGUUCAAAACAGCAGUUGUAUUUGUCUACAAGGACUGCUCUAAGCACAGGAAAAAAAUUGGUGCAUCUCAUCGCGGGUCUGGGGGCGAUGAAAAAGAUCCCAUCCGCUUCCGUCACAUGAUUGCAACCGAUUCUCUGCAAGUCCGAACCCUCCCAAACUCAGAGGCCACGGCGGACUGUGAAAUUGUCCACACGAGGUCUGAAUCUGAAGGAAGACCAGAGAGAAGCUUCCAGUUGUGCUUCAGUUCGCCAGAGAGUAAGAAGGACUUCCUGAAAGCAGUUCACUCCAUCCUUAGGGAGAAGCAACGACGGCAGCUGCUUAAGACAGAGUGUCUUCCCCCCAGCCAGCAGUAUGUCCCAUUUGGAGGCAAGCGUCUUUCUGCCCUUAAAGGGGUGCGGCCCACCAUGAACAGAGCAGCCUCAGCUCCAUCUCGAACGCUAGCUCGCAGGCGGUUGGUGAGGAACCGCAUCACCAUCGAUACCGACUUGGUUUUCCACGGAGACAACAACAACAGCACUCAUGAAGACCCCUCGUCUCGUUCUUCCCGCCCUUGCUCCAAAUCCGACUUGUCUGAUCAACUUCAGCCUUGCAAACCUCAGGGAGAGGACACGGAUCGCUGGGUGGAAGAGCAGUUCAACCUGGGCUGCUAUGAAAAUCAGUGUGAGGGCACCGAUGUCGGGCAGGUGAAGGAGACGGACAUUUUGAGCGACGACGACGAGUACUGCACGUCUGUCCGAGCCAUGUCGACGAAACUGGACAACCUGGAGGAGCAGAUGAAAGGACUGAACCUACAGGGCAAAGACAUCAACCUGAAUGGAGGAGCAGAGUGUGAGAUCACGCAGGAGGAGGACGCUGAUCGAACAAAGCAUGGGGAUGACUCCAGCUUGGUAGACUCCAUUACUUCCUGCGGUGCUUCUCUCCCGAGCAGUGCAACCUCAACUUUAAAGGUUGCUUCCUUGAAGCAGUGUGCUGUGGAGGGGGCCACAAACCAGGACCACGAUGUCAUCUGGGUGCGGCGGGACGACUUUACCAACAGUGACGUCUUCUGAUAGAUGAUGAAGAUUAUGUAGGAUAAUGUAGGAGUCAAAGAAAAGGUGUGAGGACAGAUAAAAGCUUUAAAAGUGUAGAAUUUGGGGAACCUCAACAAAUCCUGCCUGUAUCUCUGCACAACCCUCUCCUUCCACCUCACCCACAUCCUCCCGUGUUCUGACAAUCCUGAAGUACUGAAGCACCCAGAGGGGGGGAAAAAGUAACAAGGAAGUGCAGGUAAACAUAUGAGGAACACAGCACUGGAUGUGCACGCGAGUCAAUGAGCAAGCGUGUCUUCAUGUGGAUAAACAAACAGUAAGUGCAUGUGUGCACAGACACAGAAAGUAAAGGCAGCUACUGCACCACGCACACAUUUUACAGAGGAGACAUCACCACUGAACUGUGACCUUCAGGCCAAAAAGUCUAUUUUUAAACACAGGAAUGUGGGUGUUUAUAUUUUUCUGACGUUUGUAUUCGAACACUCAAGGGCUGUGUGUUACUUUUUUUUCCGUUUUUUUUCUUCAGGGGCUUUUGGCUUAACGACUGCUGCAUAAAGGACGGUGACAUCUAACUAGCUUUAUUGUGCUUUGUAAAAAAAAAAAAUUUAACUUAAUAUCAGCUACACAACAGUGUAUAAUCAGGAGAAGAAUAGAGUGCUGUUGACUUGUAUAGCUGUAUAAAAAUAUCACUGUCUCCUCUCA